UCCCGCCAAAAAACAAUGGAAAAAUUAAUGAAAAUACUCAAUAUUCACUGCUUUUAAUAAAUUGUACUGAAGUAACAAAAAGCAAUUAGAUUUUAUAUUGCUUAUUUAUUAAUUCCAUCGACAUCUAUGCGACCGAGUGAAGAAAAAAGUACCUCAAUAUUUUUCGAUAUUGGCUGUUUGAAUCUGCGUUGCCAGAAUUUCUUUGUCUCAUGGAAAAAAAAGUAAACUCAGUACCCAAACCGUUGGCGCGAAAAAGUGACAAGCGUUUUUUCACUUGUAUUUCAAGAUUCCAAAGAUGAAGCGUUCAAGCGUCGAAAUUCCAUUGUGCUCUACAAUGCGUCGCCGUCGCGUCGACGACGAGCCUGCUGCAACCUGCAUCGGUGCCGGUCUAACACACCAAGGCUCCGAUAUGUAUGAAGGUAAUAAUUCGCAAUGUACGGUUAUCUCAGCAUGCGCUUCAAUUUAUUCAGUGUUCCAUAAUCGCGCAUCUUUCACUACUGCCGAAAUUGAUGAAAUUUUAAGAAUGGGGGAUACACUUUACAUGCAGUUAAAAUAUCUACUUCAGAGGGGUGUCAGUUAUUUUAUGCCAGAUGAAUUACCCAAUGAGCUUCGCGUCGGGGAUAACGUCGCACAUAUAGUUAGUAUGGAGGACAACUGGAUCAUUUCUAAUACGUAUCCUACAACUCCCGCGAAUAAAGACAUAGGUUUAUUAACGUUAAAGAAUAUACUGGACAAUAGAGUGUUUUUUAAUACUAAUGACUAUACUGUCGAUUCGCAAUUCGCUUAUAAUGUGAACAACUCAAAUCACAACGACAGUACCGAUAGCAUAUUGUUUACGGGUCAGGGUUAUACUUUUAGUUUUUGGCGCUUUAAUGGUGAAUAUUAUUUCUUUAACAGCCAUGCAGUUAACAGCAACAACAUUAAUAUAGGAACGGGUAAGCCAGAAGAUGGUCCUUACGUAGCACGUUUAUUUAAAUGUAAUUCAACCGAAGCGCUAGCCAAACUUUUGCUCGCGAAUGAAGUUUACGACGGAUCCGAAUACUCAUUAACCCGAUUAAGAGUAUUAAAUGACGACCUUAUAUGGCAAAACGAAGCGCAGGUUAGUUCCGAAACGUCACAAUCCAUUUUAGUAGAUUUAAUAUCAUCACCAUUACUGAAUGAGAAUCAAACUUUAGAUUCGAUUUUGAUGAACUAUCAAUCAACCCUGGCCCCGCUUAAAACCUCUGUGCAAAAUUUUGAUAUUAGUAAAUUGGAAGUUGAUUCAAAUCCGGUAGAUGUAUAUAACACUACAAGUGAUAUAAAACUGACAAUUUUAAAACCAGUUGUCCUAUUAGAAAGAAUCAGUAAUCAAGACGAAAGCCAAUGCGUUAAAAAUAAAGGCAGUUCAACAGUAUAG